CCGGCAACAUGAUGGAUGACAGAGGAGACAAAACAUUUCAAACGAUACUUUUCCUAAAGGUCUUCCGAAAUUAUUUCAUUGAUUUCUGGUGAAUCUUAUUCCAACUGUAUCUUAUUACCAGCGAAAACCAAUGCUGCACCACGGGUUAUGAUUCCUGCUUAUGAAUGAUCCAACCCUGGCAUGUCUCCAUGAGGCACUCAACGUCAGGCAUUUCUGAUUUUGCCAUCAGCACUUUCAAUUAGAGUUCUGAAAGUGGUAUCGAAGCCAUCAGAUGGCUGCUACAAGUGAGCCAUAUUUGAUUUUUGCUGAAACACGCACUCAAGCGUCACCUUACUUUAUCGAAUGGACAGUGCACAACUUUCUGUAUCCCAUUUCAAAUCCUGUUGAUUCUCCAAGUUUCAGCCUUGGCGAAGGUGUAGAAUGUAGAUUUCAUUUAAAAUACCACGUGUUUAGUAACCAGGAAGUGGUCAGCACGUCUGUAACUGUACAUUACAGAUGUCCAGGCAAGGUUUGCUAUAUAGACCGAAAGGGAUUUCAUAAUUCUAUUCAUGAAGUAAAAGAAGACUGGUCAGCUCAACCACCCCUUAGGAUGGAAGGCGGGGAAACAGUUCAAUUCGGAACAAAUCUUCAUUUGUCUCUGAUAUCCAAAAAGAAGGCUGAAAAUAUUCCUGAUAGUUCCCUCACUUUUUUCUGUUAUGUAACUGUGGUGGAAGAAUUGGUAGCUCCCAUUAACAAAAAUGUGUUACUUCAUAAUAUGGCAACAGAUUUUGAAAAAGAGCUCUAUAACAGCAAAAGUAGUGAUGUCAUUUUAGAGGUGGAGGAUGAAAGAAUACCUGCGCACAAGGCUGUACUGUCGGCCAGGAGCCCAGUCUUUGCUGCCAUGUUUGACAGUGGCAUGUCUGAGCAAAUAAGUGGUCACGUUAGGAUUUCAGAUAUUAAGAAAGAGGCAGUGAAAGAAUUAUUGCGGUUUCUAUACAGUUGUAGAGUUGAUCGUUUACAUGACAUGGCUUAUGAUUUGCUUCCAGCUGCUGAUAAGUACUGUCUUCCGGACUUGAAAGAUAUGUGUGAAAGAACUCUGGUUAAUCAAAUUAAGGUUGACAAUGUAUUCAUAUACCUUGAAUUGGCUAACAGUCAUCAAUGUGAUGAAUUGCGGAGGGCUGCCAUUCGUUACAUCAAAGCCAAUCCUAAGGAAGUAAUGUCAUGUGGUGCAGAUGUGUUCAGAACCCAUGCUUACCUUUUGGCUGAAGUCUUUGAAGAGUUAGUUGGUGUCAUUAGUUGAAAGGUACCGAAUGAAAUGUAACUGAACUUCACAAUGGGGUAGUGACUGAAGAGAAGAGUUAUUAAUGUUUCUUGCCUUGUCUAAUGAACUGUACUGUAUUUAAAUUUGUGAAUUACUUCUGAUAUAUGUCAUAGUACUAGUCCUUCCCUCCCUCCCUUUUUUUUUGCAUUUUGUGAUAAAUCCCCUAUUUGAAUGUUUUAUGCAAUCCUUUCACUCGUUCUCACUAUCUCUCUUUGAUGUUUUCUUCUUCUGUUCCGAGCUCUUUGACUCAUCAAAGUCAAAUUGGAUCAUGAUUGAACAACUGGUGGCUUUGACCAAAAUUUUUGACAUGUCCUAACUAAUGCCUGUGCCACUAAACUGUUCUUACUUUCACCACCAUUGAGUGCUUGUAGACUUUCUCUCAAGAAUUGCUGGUUUUUGUUCCCAAAAAUUAUGUGUUAUCAUUUAAAUGGUUCAUAAGUGAAGGCUACCUUGACUGUCUUGGAAAAAUAUUGUAACUUCUGUAUGCUAGAUGCAUUACAAAAUGCAUGGCCAAUUUUC